AAACGAAGAAAGCAGAGGAUGGAGAGUCGGCGGCGUUAGUUUUUUAGGCAAACACCCAAUACGCCGUUAUGCAAAAUUGACCAUUUUGUCCUUUUUUUCCGAUGACAAUCCCAAAAACAAAUAUUAGAUAUAAGAUAUUACGUGGACACGUGGUGAGUAGAGGGGGCGAGUAGGUGAGAGUGCAAUGCAGUCGCAGGUUAGCACUUAUGGAAGGCUUGGUUGUUAGCACUCAGCUUAGCAGAAGCGAGACGUAGAUGGUGGUCGACCACAAGCACUCUCUCUCUCUCUCUCUCCAACUGCGCCAAUCCUAUUAUAAAUCCUCACACACUCUCUCUCUCUCUUUGCUGUCGCUUAUCAAAAUUUAUAUCCAAAAAUAAAUUAUUAUAAAUAAUUAAACAACAAAAUAUUUACACUUAUAUUAUAUAAAUCUCUGCGAUAUUUUUUAGUCGUAUAUAUUUUACAAAAAUAAAAACAAAACUCGGAAGACGACGACAAUUACAUUCAGUUUGAGCUUUGCAGUAAUCAUGUGUUUUUGAGUGCAUGGGGUAGUGAUAUGAAGGCACAACUUCAUUGUAAGUGGCCUUUUGCUGCAACUAUCGUCUGUGGAUUUUAAAUAAGAUGUAUGUUACAGCUCGUGGGAAUGCCGUUGAUGAGAUGGGUUAUUCAAUGAGUAGACUUGAAGUAGAAUCUGAUCUUUGUGAUGAUGGAAAGACCAUCAGUGAAGUCAGCAGUGGUCAGAGAUCCAGCAGACCAUCAAAUAAUUUGGACCAUGAAAUAGCCCAGGUCACCAAGUUGAAAUCCCAACCCCAUGAAUUGUUCAGCCAAGGUGUACAUGGAAGGAGAAAUCUGCCAGUUUCAACAGUGAAGAUGCUGGCAGGUCGGGAAUGUAACUAUUCUGGUAGGGGGAGGUUCUCAUCUGCAGAUUGUUGCCAUCUUUUAAGUAAAUAUUUGCCUGUGAAUGGUCCAUGGCUUGUGGACCAAAUGAACAGUCGAGCCUAUGUCUCGCAGUUUUCAGCAGAUGGUUCUCUUUUCGUUGCUGCAUUUCAGGGAAGCCAUAUUAGAAUAUACAAUGUGGAGAAUGGGUGGAAAGUUCAGAAGAACAUUCUUGCUAAAAGUUUGCGAUGGACUAUUACUGACACAUCUCUUUCACCUGACCAACGCUAUCUUGUUUAUUCCAGCAUGUCACCUAUUAUCCAUAUUGUUAAUGUUGGGUCUGCUGAAACAGAGUCUCUGGCAAAUGUUACGGAGAUCCAUGAUGGUUUAGAUUUUUCUUCUGAUGGCAAUGGAGGAUCUUCCUUUGGUAUUUUUUCUGUAAAGUUUUCAACAGAUGGACGAGAACUUGUUGCUGGGAGUAGUGAUGAUUCCAUAUAUGUUUAUGAUCUUGAAGCAAAUAGGUUAUCCCUUCGUAUUCUAGCACACUGGUCUGAUGUGAAUACUGUAUGUUUUGCUGAUGAAAGUGGUCAUCUUAUUUAUUCUGGGAGUGAUGAUACUUUUUGUAAGGUGUGGGACAGACGUUGCUUGGAUGCUAAUGGGAAGCCAGCAGGAGUUUUAAUGGGACACCUAGAAGGCAUCUCAUUCAUUGACAGCAGGGGAGAUGGUCGUUAUUUCAUUUCAAAUGGUAAAGAUCAGGCCAUUAAACUUUGGGAUAUACGAAGAAUGUCCACCAGUGGUUCUAGCACUCCAGGGUACAGGAAUUAUGAAUGGGAUUACAGAUGGAUGGACUACCCACCCCAGUCAAAAGAUUUGAAACAUCCAUGUGAUCGAUCAGUUGCUACAUAUAGAGGUCAUUCAGUUUUGCGUACUCUCAUUCGCUGCUACUUUUCUCCAGAAUAUAGCACUGGUCAAAAAUACAUCUACACUGGAUCUCAUAAUUCAUGCGUUUAUAUUUAUGAUUUGGUAAGUGGAGCUCAAGUUGCGACACUCAAGCAUCAUAAAUCCCCGGUAAGAGACUGCAGUUGGCACCCAUAUUACCCUAUGCUUGUAAGCUCUUCUUGGGAUGGGGAUAUUGUCAAAUGGGAAUUCCCGGGGAGCGGAGAAGCUUCUGUUCCUUCUAGCAAGAAGAGAGUUCGGAGGAGACAUUUCUUGUGAAGGAAGGACAUAAUACCUGGGAUGCUGAAGAUAUGCAUAAUUCUAUCUAGGACUCCAAUAAUUUGUGUACUUUUUCAAACUGUUCUGAAUUAUCAUAAUAAGACAUAGACUCUGUGAUAUGAAUUUGUUUAUACCACAUUUUGGGUUGUACAUAAAUGACCACAUCUUUGAUUAUUAUUUUGAUGAAAAGUUGUGUAAGUAAAUUCAACAAGAACUGAUUCAGACGAAAUGGAUCACUUGCCUGAAAUUCUGGAACUA